AUGGAUGAGAGAAUUAUGUUAGGAUUUUGUAUGAAACCACGAGGCGGUAGUGGUGGUGGUGGUGGCGGAGGAAUGAAGUGUGGGAGGUGGAAUCCGACCAGUGAACAGGUUAAAGUUCUGACCGAUCUGUUUCGGUCAGGACUACGAACUCCGAGUACUGAUCAGAUCCAAAAGAUAUCUUCCCAGCUGAGCUUUUACGGGAAAAUCGAGAGUAAGAAUGUAUUUUACUGGUUUCAGAAUCAUAAAGCUAGAGAGAGACAGAAACGUCGCAGACUGCCAAACAGUCGUAAGUCAACAAUUAAUGUUCAUUUUCUUUGUUUUUCAGCAAAGUUUGCAGAGAUAAAUCAGGUACUUCUAGAGCCUGAAAAGGUAAUGGAGACUUUGCAACUAUUUCCGUUGAACACAUUCCAUGAAUUGGAAUCAGAGAAGCAGAAAAUGUCAUUCUCGUACACAAUUGAAACCGAGAAGGAGCAUCCGCCAUUAGAUUUAUGUUUAAGCUUCCUGUAA